AUGAUUAAAGCAGAUUGUACCAAGACAGAACUUUCAGCAGACAACAAAUCAGCUGACUUAAAAGACAUUGAGGAUUUAUAUGAAGAUAUGACUGGAUACCGUAAGAGAACUUUGACUCGAGCUUCUAAACCAGACGCUGUAAGGAGGAGAAUUUACAGACUUACUGUGGUGUGUGCGCUGCUGCAGUGUGUUCUCCUGCUGUCUGCCAUCACAGUGCUGUGGGUCAAACAUAACAAAGAGAAAGACCAGUUAGAGAAGGAGAGAUCUGCACUGCAUAAAGUACUGUUAAAUCUUGGAUCUGUACUAGGAUGGAGAGUUUUCAGACAGAAUAUCUAUUACAUUUCUACUGAAAUAAAGAGCUGGAAUGAGAGCAGACAGGACUGUAUAAAGAGAGGAGCAGAUCUGGUGAUCAUAAAUAGUACAGAGGAACAGGGGUUCAUCAGUAAAUAUUCCAAUGGUACUGAAGCUUGGAUUGGUCUGACUGACACAGACACAGAGGGGGCAUUUAAAUGGGUGGACGGUUCACCACUGACCACUGAGUUUUGGUGGAACGGAGAACCAAAUGAUUAUGAAAAUGAGGACUGUGUUAUAACAGGCUACACAAAGGCUAAGUCUAAUAUUUCAACCUGGGCUGAUUAUCCCUGUAACCACCCUGUAGUUGGGAUUUGUGAGAUGAAAAUAUUUAACUGAGUACAGGAAGGACAGUGACUAAAAUUGAAACAUGAUAUCUUAAAAUUAUAAACAUACAUGGCUUGAUUGACUGUGGCAUUAACAGAAGGUUAAAAUGGGACACUAAAUAUAAUAAUGCACUCUUUUCCCUCAGACUUUGAUUUAGAUUGUGAAUCGUGUCAAUAGUGACUAUCCAUCGCAAUCUGACCCAUGUCAAAGUCUUUCUCCCUCACACACAGGCACACCACCCUCACACACACAUACACACAUACGGACACACACUUCCUCACGCACACAUACAUACAUACUUACUCACUUACAACC